ACGUUAGCAAAACCCGAACCCUAACUCUCGAAACAAUAUCGAGCUCUUGGCCGAGUAAUUUUUUUCUCCAGAGUCGCCGGCUUCCCUUCUUCCCGAGGCCUCAAAUCCCGAAACCUGAGUUGUAGGACUCACCCUUCCACCGCGAGAUGGCGCCGAAGAAGGACAAGGGCCCGCCGCCGUCCUCGAAGCCCGCCAAGUCCGGCGGAGGAAAACAGAAGAAGAAGAAAUGGAGCAAGGGAAAGCAGAAGGAGAAGGUGAACAACGCGGUUCUCUUCGAUCAGGCGAGCUACGAUAAGAUGCUCUCUGAGGUGCCCAAGUACAAGCAGAUCACUCCCUCGGUGUUGUCUGAGAGAUUGAGGAUCAAUGGAUCACUGGCCCGAAGGGCUAUCAAGGAUUUAAUGGCCAGGGGUUCCAUCAGGAUGGUAUCAGCACAUGCCAGUCAGCAGAUCUACACUAGAGCAACCAAUACCUAGAGGGGUUUCCCUUAUGUUAGUUUUCUAGGAUGAGUACUUUCAUGUUCCCUUGGGCCGGUUUCUGGUUUCUUUUUCCUGGCGAAGAGUGACUUGAUUUUGUGAUGCUUCCAAGAGAGUACAAAGUUUAUUUGUUAUGGGAUCAAAUUUUGUUAUUAGUUACUCACCUUUAAUUAAGAUGCUGUCGGUAGUUGAACAUCACUUUUUAAUUUGUUCUGAUAA